UUUUUUUUGUUCAUUACAACCCUUUACUAUUUAAUUUUUAUUCUUUUGUAGCUGUGCAUAUUGUACAUUCUCAUGAUUCAUAUAUGAACUAUGCUUAGUUUUGUGACUGACAUGUGAAUACCUCAUUUGUCGAUAUAGAACAUAAGUAAAGCAAAAAUGCCAAUAGGUUCAUUGUCCUCAGAAAUAAUUGGAAAAUCCUAUACAUCAAGGCUCCUUAUUGGCAACCCAGAGGGUAGAAUAAUCAUUAGGACUGAUCAGUAUAACAGAGAUGAUUUCCAAGUGGUGUAUACAAAUGCAAAAUUCUUUGUUAUAAAGUCCUACAAUGAGGCUGAUAUUCAUAAAUCUAUCAAGUAUGGUGUGUGGUCGACAUCCUCUGUUGGAAACCUGAAGCUGGAUACUGCAUUCAGAGAUGCUCAAGUGAUAGCUGCAAGUAGUUCUACCUUGUGCCCAGUUUUGCUGUUCUUUUCGGUCAACGGAAGUUCACAUUUCUGUGGAGUUGCUGAGAUGGUUGGCCCUGUUGACUACCAAAAUGACAUGGACUUUUGGUGCAGGAAGAAUAAAUGGAUUGGCAGCUUUCCUGUAAAAUGGCACAUCAUAAAAAACGUACAUAACUCCACCUUCCGAAGUAUCUCGCUGCAGAACAAUGAAGAUAAACCUGUGACCAGUAGCAGAGAUACACAAGAGAUACACUACACUCCUGGAACAACUAUGCUCGAACUCUUCAAAUAUACCAGAGCAGAGGGAUGUGUGCUUGAUGACUUCAUGGUGCAUGAGGAGGAGGAAGCAAGGAGUGGACAACUCGAGAGGUUUAAGCUGCGCCAGGGUGCUCCACAUUUUAUACCUGCUUGGCAUGGCCCUUGUACCAAAAGACCUAUGCUACCCAAAUCAGACAGCGUGCUGAAGGACAGAAUUGUCAGUGAGACAAUCAAUCUGACAGACAAGCUACAGAAUCUCAACUUGGAUGGGCACCAGAGUUCAUGUCAAGAAUUUGGGAACCGGACUAGCGAAGCUUCCACCACAAACACACAGAAAGGAAGCCAUUGCUAUGGAGACCAGGUUCUUGAUAAUCCUGUGAAGGUUAUUGCUUCAGACGUAAAAUUUGCUUUGGAUGGAGAACGACGCCGCUGGAAGAAGGUUGAGACCACCCCAACUGAAAAGCCACAACCAGAAACUGCUGCCAGGGUCUCGUCAAAAGCACCACCUAGGAAGCAUCGAAAAGAAGGUAAAAAUACAUUGGUGCACAGUGCAUCAGGAGCUCCUGAGAUGACUUGUGAAGAACAGAAGAUCGUUGGGAAGCCCUGUUCACCUGCAUUCGGUUCAACGCCAAGUCAAGCCUGCUCAAAACCCGUGCCUGGUGUUGUUCCCAUUGGGUCAAUGCUUAUCCCAAUUACGACGUCCAUUUAGUAGACCGAAAAGCAUUUCUGUUAAUCCACUCAUAGUAAGGUCCCGGUAGUAAAUAGCACGGUUCUCUUUUCUGACUUUGUGGGUUUGUGAUAACCACGGAGUAAGCGGCCUUCAGUCUAAUCUGGCAAACUAGGAAUCACUUUAUCUUAGGAUCUGGAAGGUUAAGGUUUCCUUUUGACCCUUUUAAGCAUGGUUGUUCCUUUUGAA